AUGGAGAAUAUAGAGACUUUAUUAGCUGCUGUGGCUCAGACUCAGGGAUUUGACGAAGAGGAGAGAGGGUCGGAGCAUUCGAAGUCUCCGGCGGUGAUUCCGGCAGAUACUCCGCCGCGUGCUACGGCGGAUGUGACGCCUCCGGCGUCAAAGGAAGUGGCGCCGGUGGCUGAGCUGGAGAUUCCCGCUGGAGGGAAGAGGAAGAGAGGGCGGCCGCCCAAGGGACAGCGGCUACGGGUGAACCCUCGGCCGCCCAAGCGGAAUAAAGCGGCGGAGGAGGAGGAGGAGGAAGAGGAAGAGGAUGUCUGCUUUAUCUGCUUCGAUGGUGGCUCUCUGGUUCUCUGUGAUCGAAAAGGAUGUCCGAAGGCUUAUCAUCCGGCGUGCAUUAAGCGAGACGAAGCAUUUUUUAGAUCAAAAACUAAGUGGAACUGCGGAUGGCACAUAUGUAUUGUAUGUCGGAAGGCUUCUUAUUAUAUGUGUUACACUUGCACUUAUUCACUGUGCAAGGGAUGCAUCAAAGACACAGAUUAUGCGCGUGUCAGAGGAAACAAAGGAUUUUGCUCGACCUGCAUGAAAACUAUCAUGCUGAUUGAGAAUAAAGACCAUGCAAACAACGAGAUUAAGGUAGAUUUCGAUGACCAGACUAGCUGGGAGUAUCUCUUCAAGAUAUAUUGGGUAAUUCUAAAGGAGAAGUUGUCAUUGACACUGAACGACCUUACUCGAGCUAACAAAACGCGAAAAGGCAUGACUGCUGGAAGUUAUAUACCCCCGAGAAGUAUUUUAAUGCCAACUGCAGUUAAUGUAGAAAUUCCUGUUACUGACAGUAGUACGGAUCCCUUGGAGUCGAAGAAGCCCCAAUUAGAGCAUAAUCUGCCACUACCAAGCGAUUCUAACAAUAUGGAAAAACUAAAUAACCGAUUUGAGGGAGAUGGGCCUGCAAAACCAAACGUGGAAGAAAUCAUGAAAGAAACGGGCAUCGAGAAGGCCACUGAUGAGGCAAUAAUCGAGAAUGAUCAAGACAAUCUAAAUUCUACCAAAGAUACUGACAAGCCAUGCACAUCCAAGGACAAGAAUGGUGAGGAAUCGGAAAAGCCAGAAGCCGACCAUAGUACUGAAUGGGCAACUAAAAACCUCUUGGGAUUUGUUGCACACAUGAAGGACGGUGAUGUGUCGGCUAUGUCUAUAUUUGAGGUGCAAACAUUAUUGCUCGACUACAUAAAUAGAAACAACCUUUGGGAUCCUCGUAGAAAGAGUCAGAUCAAAUGUGACCCAAGGCUCAAAAGUAUAUUCGGAAAGACUCGAGUCGGUCACGUUGAAAUGUUGAAGCUUCUUGAGUCUCACAUUCUCAUAAAGGGCGAUUGUCAGAUUAAUUCUUCUAUUCCGGCUGGGUUUGUGAGUUCUGUUAGAAGUGAUAGGGAGGCUGAUGAAUCAGAGGAAGAUAUCAAAAGUAGUGAUGACAGUAAGAAAGAUGAAUAUGAGAAGACAAGCUAUUCAAAUUUUCCCCAGAAUGCAAGGAAAACCAUUUCUUCGAAUGUAGAAGGUAAAGAUGAAAGUCCCACCCAGGCACAAGAAAGCAUGAACGACAAAACGAACAUGGGUGAAUCAAUUAGUUUGGACAAAUACGCAAAUCAAGAAAAUGUUACUAACUUGACUACCGACAGUACAAAUGAUCGAUACAUGCAAAGGUCUGAAUUGGAGACCUCGACUCCAACUGCCUCAGUGGAAAACUCGCCAUCUCCCAACGUUACAGAUAUUGAGAAACUGUGGCAUUAUCGUGACCCAGACGGCAAGAUCCACGGACCAUUUUCCAUGCUGCAGCUGCGUGAGUGCAGCACGACUGGACUGUACGCGCCCGAUAUGAGGAUAUGGUCAAAUCACGAGCAAUAUGACUCGGUAUUUCUCACCGAUGCCUUGAACGGGAGAUUUCACGGAGCAUCUGAUUCUUCAAACUCGGCCUCAAGGGAAGAAGAAGGGGCUACCGGGAAUAUCAAGACAAUUAGUGAGGGUAUAAAUGUAAGUUGUGAGGAUAAUAGAAACGUCGACACACCUUGUAAUGAUGCGAGUGUUUCGUCCGCCCAUGAUGCUGGAGCUGUGGUGGGGGCAGAUAAGCCCAACUCUUGGCCACGGUGUUGGGAUUUUCUGAAAGAUAAUAAUAAUAAUGAUGUUCAAGCACAUAAUUUGCUUCCUUCAUCGAAAUUUGAGGAAAAACACGAAGCUCUGGUAGAUUGUGUUCACGAGAGUGAAAAUCUUCACCACGAUACUUCACGACAUGGAGAAGAGGAAAAUAAUUCAACCGGGACUCCUCAAAACCCAAUCUCCAGUGGACGUGAACUUCAAAACGAUUCUAGUAAGAAACCUGCCGAAGAAGAACAAUUGAGAUCUUUCAAUAUUGAUCUGAGCUCAAAUGAUAUAGAAUCGUCAAAAUCUCUCGUUUCAAAUAAACAGGUCGAUAAUAUGUCCAUUCUCGAUUUCCCUAGUCCAAACACAGAUUCCCCAGCCCAACACACUGGCUUCCUCGAGCUACUGGGCCCCGCAUCCAGACCCGACGACCACACAUCCCAGCCCAAUCCCGGUUUCGUAAAUCUCCCCAUCCAAAUCUCGGAAAUGGUCGACGAGCUGUGCGAACUACCCUUCACAUUCUCGUUGAAACCCCCGGAAGCAGCCGCCGCCACCUCAGCUCCCGAGCUCCCGUCGCCCCCCACCAACCCCCACACGAACAUGCCAGGCUGGCUGACGAGUGCGAACGAGCCCAUCGAGUUCGACGCCCUCGGCGAGGAGUCGGUCUCGGACCUUCUUGCAGAGGUCGACUCAAUGGCAGCCCCCCACUCGCCCUCGGCCGCCAUCAAGUUUGCGCGCGAGUUCCUCGAGGACUGCAGGGACGACUGCUUCAGCUCGAUCGAGGAGUUUGGCCCGAAAAACGACGCCUUGACAAUUCGGGCCGAGCCCGUCUCGGCCGCAAGCAGUGAAGGGGAGACGAAUGCUGCACCAAUGGGUGGUGUGGGUUUAGCGGGCCCUAGUUCGGGCCCACUGCCGGACUUGUGUGUGGACCCUGGGUGGGGGGCGGUGCAGGGGAAUAUCAACCUGGUGACUGUACAGGGAAAUGUGAACCUUGUACUGGGAGGGCCCGCAGGCUGGGGGACGGGCCUGGGGUCGGGCUGGGUGAGUCCGGGCCUGGGACGCGGGCCCGUUGGUGGGGGGANGAGUCCAUAG